CGUUUUUGGGAGCACUCUCACCAAGCCAAGAUGGUGGGAACAUGGGCAUAUCGAACCCUUAGGCCCUCCCGUGCUGUUGCGGCGGGUCAGAUGCGGCCGGCUGCUCGUCGCAGAGCCGUCGCCGUCUUACCUCAACUGCCGCCACGAACCGAUCACUUUCGGAGGUCGCAUGACAGCGCUGCAGCCCAACAACCGGAGGUGGGGAUCAUAGAGACGGUACAGGGUACGCAGGGGAAGCUACAAGAGUCGGUAGCGUAUGAGACAGAGACGACAGCGAACGGAGCAGAUGGGACACCUGGACGCAACACCGAAGUGGCAAAUGCAGAUCACCAAGCUCCUCCAUCACCCGCGGAGGUCGGCACGACAGAGAUCAUAAGAUCUCAGACGGACCUCGUCAGGGAUAUACUAGAACUAAAACCGAGAUUCCGCAAAUAUCGAGAUUCACAGCCCGCAGCCGAGGUCCAUCCCAAGACGGAUCUCUUCGUUCAUGCCCGCCGUACCGGCGAGGGGACGAACCGCUCCGUCAUCCCGAAGACGCAACUUGGGCGGGACGUGGUUCAGCUGGAGCAGCUUGCCGGAAUGGAUGUCGAACACCUGGCGCCCCCGCUACCCUCGUCUGAAAAAACUGUCCUCGACGAGUUCUACACAGCAAUCGGAGCGCGACAGGCUGCAAAAGCAUGGGAAAAGUUUCGAAAAGUCGAGGCGGAUGGCGCUACCGCCGACAUUCAAUUAAAGUACUACAACGCCCUCUUAUACCAGAUGGUCAACUUCCAUCAUAUAAUGAAGUGGGAAGAUCGGUCGAGUGAGACUGUAAUCCAGAACAUGGAAUGGGUGUCGAAGAUCAUGCAGCAGAACAACGUCGCACCAGAUGUGUACACCUAUGCAUAUUUCGUGCGCGCCUACGGCUUAGCAGGGAACCUGGACAAAGUGCGGGAGUAUCUGAGUGCGGCCAACUCGCAGGGGUUUGUGUUGAAGGAAGGUCGGAAUUUCGAGUUGCUGGCACUGGCCAAAACCAAUCCCGCCAAAGCCUUGGACGCAUUCCAAGCUUUCGCCACGGAGCAUAACGAAGGCAAAGGCGACCGCCGGGCGUUCAAAGUACUCCUACACGCAUUCAUCCAACACAAAGACCAUCCCCGGUUCAAGCGAACCCUGCAGCUGGGCCGGGACUACAGAAUCCCGCCCGAUGCAGACGACUACGACGCCCUGAUCCACUACUACGCCGUCAUCAUGCGGAACCCAAAAGAAGCCGAAGCCCUUAUGAGUCACCGGGCCCGCCGAGGAGGUUACGGCGUCUCGGUGAAAAACUACGCGACCCUGAUCUCGGCAUACGCCACGGAAAAAACUUACCCGAAAGUCAUCGACCUCUUCCGCGAGAUGGAUUCCCACUCCCUCCCCCCCGGCAUCAAAAGCUACAACGCCAUCCUGAACGCAUUCUGCCAAACCGACGACGUCCGAAGAACGGUCAUGAUGUUUUUUCGGGUUAGGAGAGACCCACAUGUCGCGGCCGACCAGAUGACGUGGAGAAUUCUAGGCGAAGCCCUGCACAAGUGGAAAGGAACCUUCGGCGAUCUCAUGCGCUCAGUCAAACUCAUACCAACACCCGAGCUCUACAAAUUCCUUAUCACCGGGUUGCUCCAGGCCAACUGCACCCUCUCCACCGCCCGCCUGUGCACGCAGUACCGCCUCCAAAUGGAAAUCAACAACAACGCGCCGUAUACACCCCACUCGCCCUUAACGUACAUUGAGAUCGAGCUACGAAAUUACGCUCGACACGGCCACCGCGAACAGUGCGAGGACCUGUGGAACAAGUAUAUCAAAGACACGAAACUUGAAAAUCAGAACAAUAUCAACGCCAUGAUCGCCCUCUACGCCACCUCCGAGGCCCACGACAUUGUCAAAAUGAACGAGAUGAUCGCCCUCCUCACCGGAAAGGGAUACAAACCCACUAUACCAACCUACGAAAACCAGCUGAAAGCCAUGUGGAAUUUCACGAAAGAGCCGCUUACACCUGAAUUACUGAAUCUCCUUCGACAGGCGGUACAUGCUUAUACCCCUCCCAAACUCCCGCAGACAGACCCCCGACGCCUCUUCUACCGCGCAUGUGAAGUCCUCGGCGACGGGGACAUGGAUAAAGGGUGGGAGGUGUUACACGGCGGUGGGGUGGUGCAAGUGGAGGGGCUGAAAGUGUGGAAAGAGCUUGGGCUGGAGGUUUUGGGGAAGAAGAGGACGCGAAAGAAGAGGGCGGUGGAGAAGAGGGAACGGCUGGAGGAGGUGGAGGAGAUGGGAAUGCGUGUGGAAGUGGAGGUGGGGAAGGUGGUGCGGAAGCAGAAGGGGAGGAAAUGGAGGCCGAAGGUGGAUGGGGAGCGAGAAGGAGAUGGCGGUGUACGCCCCGGUUGAAACGAUGGGACGGCGGUUGAUGAGGACCCGCCCGCGAAUCCCGACAUUGGCACCGCCACCACCGCUGCCCGUGCACACCGCAAGGGCUGCGGAAACGGGACUGCCCAGAUGCCGUCAACAAUGUGGAGCCGAUGC